AACAGCUCAGUUCAAAAAGCUGCCAACGUCUCCUCCUGUGAACGUUGGUCUCGUUUCAGCUUUCUCUGACGAGCAAACACGAAAAACAUGCUCCUCACCGGCGGGACGCCAGCUUAAACGCUCUGAACCAAAGAGGUAGGAGGCGGCGGGAGAAAGGAGAGAAUCUCAAGAGACCAAACGACUCGUGCAGGUGGUGCUGACCCGCUCAUCCAUCCCAGAACCUCACCUGAGCCCGACGAGGCAGCUAAAGAUGUCCCUGGAGAGUUACUCCGCGCUGGACGAGCCCUCUCUCCGAGCCCUGCUGGAUGGAACCGUGGAUCUGGACGAGAGACGCCUCAUUCGUUCAGCCAUCCGGGAGCUGAGAAGGAGGGAGAUCGAGGACAUGGAGGCCGCUCUGGCCAGCAAGAGAUUUCGACCAACGCGCCUCAAUCAGCAGGAGGACAAGGAGAACCAGCACAUAUCUGAAUCCAGCAAUAACCUGGACGUCCUGUCACAAAAACUGAAAUUAAUGCAGGAUAUUGAUGAGCUUACAAAAAUGCUCCGUGCUGCAAGCGAGUACGAGGAGAGGAAGAUGAUUCGAGCAGCAAUCCGACAGAUCCGGGAUGAGCAGCUGCAAGGGGCGGUGGAGAAGAGUAAAAUCUCUAAUCUCUCUCUGGAUGCAGACAUUCUGGAGCCCCAGUGCAUCAUGGGAACAGGAGAGGCUGAUCAGGAGAGUCCCAGCGAGCCGGAGUGCAUCAGACACCAGCAGACACAACACAGCAGAGAGCUGCAGAGGAAAGGUUCCAACUCAGGCAUGGUGCUGGUUCUAGACAACCUCGUGAAGGAUGACGUCUCCAGACCUCUGCUGAUCCAUCCUCCAGCAGAAUCUGUGACCUCAGAGCCAGACCUGGUUCCAUCCUACCAUCUACGGUCAGACUCCACAGCUUCGGACCACAGCAGCACCUCUGUGUGCUCCAUGUCUAAUCUAGAUUCUGUGGCCUCGGAGAAGAGUCUUGGUUCAAACUUCCGAGCCCGGCUGGACUCUGGAGCCUCAGACAGAAGCCAAAGUUCCUCACAGCGGGGUCGUCUGGACUCUGCUGGCUCAGAGCAAAGCAUAAGCUCAUCAUCUUAUGCCAGACAGAGAAUGGGCUCAGAUUCAUGUCAUGUCAGACCUCGUCUAGGGUCUGGGACCCUCGAUGACAUCAGCUUGUUGUCACGGAAACGAACGGACUCUGUGACCUCUGACCACAGUGCGACUACGUCUUCUGAGGAGAAGAGUCCAGUGGAUGAAGUGGAGGGAACCACGAGUGGUUCAGCUAGCAGCACAGAUUCAGAAACUGAAAGAAGCCAAUGUCCAGCCAGCAUCCAGACUAAACAAGUUCUCAUUUCUGACCAAGAGGAGCCAGACGGGGCCGUUUUAUCUCGAAGAGGUGCUGUAAAAGGCCUCAGUGGCAGUGCCAAGAGAGAAAAGGACUUCCAGAGUCAAAAGCCCAUAGAAGCUUUGGGCACUCCAGACAGUACUUGUGCAGAAUCUGGCCUGGAAGAGGUGAUCGGUGAUCUGCUUGCCCAAAAUGAUACUGAAGAUGAAGAGGAGUUCAACGAGAAAAAGUUUGAUUUAGCGUUGCGAUGUGCUGUGAGGGAGAUCCACAGCGAUCUGCAGGCCUUUGGAAAGCGAGUGGAUGCUUGUCUGGAGGAGGCAUCAUCUCAAGUGGCUCCUCUGGCUGAGGCUAUCGGCAAGCUGCAGGAGGAGAACCUGAAACUAAAGAAUGAGCAAGCAAGAAUGAUGGAGACCGAGCCCGUUGUUUCCUCCGAGCCGGUGCGUUCAGCUGGACAGUCUGUGCAGGUGGCACAUCAAGUCUCAGCCAUCCCAAACGGCUCCAGCACUCAGACCAAACCCGCAGAGUGCUCUGGAAAACUGACAGCCGAAAAGCUCGCAUCGAUUGAAGAUGAAGAGCUUCUUGACAAAAUGCUUGAUGAGUCAAAAGAUUUUGAGGAGAGGAAGUUGAUCCGUGCAGCCAUGAGAGACCUGCGCAAGAGAAAGAGAGAGGCCAUGAUGGGAUGUACUCAAGAGGAAAUGGACCUGAGAGAAAAGGAGCGCGAGACUCGGAUGCAGGAGCUGCGGCAGCAGAGAGAAAAGCAAGUGCAAAAAGGUCGUGCAGGACCUGGAGCUGGAGAGGUGGUGAUCAGGAAGGUGGAGAAGUCAGCAGAUGGUUCGACCCUGAGCCAAGUCACCAAGACGAACCGCUUUGCACAGUCUGAUGAUGGGAGCAAAUCGACGUGCAGCACUGUUGUAGAGACCAGUUUUGUGCAGAAAACAGACAGAGGAACAGUCCAGUCAAAAUCAUACAGCUACACCUCUUCCUCAUCCUCUAACACAAGCAAAAAAGUGGGCAGUGUGUUCGAUCGAGAGGAUGACACGUCAUCCCGAAGCAGCGGACUGUCCGCUGUGGAGCGACGGCAGGCUGAGAGGCGCAAGGAGCUGAUGAGGGCUCAAACACUGCCCAAGACCUCCGCCAUGCAGGCUCGCAAAGCCAUGGUCGAUCGUCUGGAAAAGGAGGGAGGCGGCGCUGGAAAUCAGGCUGUGGCCAAAGUAAACAAGGUGCAGCGCUCAACCAGCUUUGGUGUACCGAAUGCAAACUCCAUCAAGCAGAUGCUGCUCGACUGGUGUCGGGCUAAGACGCGCUCAUAUGAGCACGUGGACAUUCAGAACUUCUCAUCCAGCUGGAGCAAUGGUAUGGCGUUUUGUGCCCUUGUGCACAGUUUCUUUCCUGAAGCUUUUGACUACGACUCCCUGAGCCCCAGCAAUCGCAGACAAAACUUUGAGGUGGCCUUCAGCGCUGCUGAGACCCACGUGAACUGCAUGCCUCUGCUGGAAGUGGAGGACAUGAUGAUCAUGGGCAAUAAACCAGACUCUAAAUGUGUUUUCACCUACGUUCAGUCUCUGGUUAACCACCUGCGCCGAUAUGAGAUGGCAAUGGGCCGCCCCUGUGACCUCUGA